UGAACUUUACCGAGUUUAAAAAACAACCGGAGACUGGACCGACACAUGGUUAACGGACGGACUGACGGUUAACGGACGGACUGACGGGUGUGAUGGAGGUGGACUUCCUGGAGUUCGUGGUCCCUGUGGAGAACAAUAAGACUCUGUUUGUGUGGGACAUCCAGCCAUCUCUCACUGAGGCUGAAAUCUAUGACAGGUUGUGUGGUGUCUUCUCGUCUUUCGGUCCUCUCUACCUGUUGAAGGUGAGUCCUAACAGCCCCCUCCACCCCCCCGGUUUCUCCGCCCUCGUCAAGUUCUACUCUGCUGCUCAGGCGUCGAAGGCUCAACGUCACACCGACGGAUGCUCGCUGUUCCAGAGCGCUCCACUCAAGGUGAGGCUGAGCACCAAACAGACACCUCACUUCCUGUGCGACAGCAGAAGACCUCUGAGCCACGCCCGCUGCCUGGAACUGGCCAAUUACUGCCUGGGAUUCAAUGGCUGGACCUCUGACAUCAUCACUCUGAAGGAGCUCACCAAUGAAGAAGAAGAAGACGGUGGUGAAGGUGAGGAGGGGGGGCUGAGGAGGAGGCUGAGGUUUGGCUGUCUGCUGCAACUCUCCUUCCCCCGUCACAGACAGACGACCAGAGGAGCAGCUGUGGUGGAGGACACCUUCACCUGCACAGGUGAGGACGGUACAACAGGUCCAGAUGUGUUGCUACAGAAACGUUGUUUCCUACAGAAGAGGGUCAGAGAGAAAGCUCUGGUCCAGGCCUUCACUACAGUACUGCUCAUACUACUGGGACAUGGUAAAGUGAUGGUGGAGGUGAGACAGACCUCAGAUCAGUGUGUACCUGAGCAAACUGAAGGAGUUAUCCAGGUGAACCAGUUCUCCUGGAGUGACUUUGAUCCUGAUGAAGAUGAGGGUGAAGAUGAAGAGUGGAAUCUGACUGUGUCAUAGACUCCUGAAGCUUCUGGCUUCACAUUCAUGUUGAACAUACUGAAUAAACUCUGAUGAUAAAGGUGAGGCUGUGUUCUGAUUGGCUCAGAGUAACAGGCAGACAGGAAGCAGCUGGAUCUUCACUGAGCUGCUGUUUGUCUUUAAUGUGAGACGGUACAUGUCACUUUAGUGUCUGACUGACGACAACAACAAGAGCAGCUGCAAGAUAAACAACGUUUCAGAAGAGCAGGGAUUCAUCCAUCUGCUGGCCCCUCCCACCAUGAAGCUCAGGCCUCUGAUGGCCGAGACACGUCCUCGUUCUCUCUCUGACAGACCACGUGCCAGCUGUGCUUUUCUUUAUGUUCUGUUGUUUGAUGCAAGUUCGUUUUUUGUAAAUAAAUUACUUUUGUUUAACCACC